AUGGAGCCAAUAUACCAACUCCUUGUGGAUCGAAUUAUCCACAAAUGGUCCGAGAAGCCCCAUGACCGGAUUCUGAUCGCAUUGGCUGGGCCGCCAGGAUCAGGGAAAACAACCAUCGCCCGGAAAGUAGCCCAACGGCUUGCCUCGUCAAGCUCAUCAACACCGGCCGCCCCAAAGACAGCGGUGGUCUCCGUCGACGGGUUCCACAUGACCCUUGCCGCCCUGCGGGCUCUCCCCAACGCGGAGGAGGCACUAGCCCGAAGAGGCGCCCCAUGGACAUUCGACGCCGAUGCGGCGGUCGCACUCGUGCGGGAAUUGAGGAUGAGCGGUCCAAACAGCGCCGGUUUCUCUUCGCGUGAUGUCGUCGUCCCUACGUUUGACCACGCCGUCAAAGAUCCCGUCGAAGGUGGGCUGUUGGUGCCGGCGGACGCGCAGGUCUGCAUCUUAGAGGGCAACUACCUUUUAUCCGAUGAAGGGUCGUGGGCGGCUAUAAUGGAUAUAGUGGAUGACCGGUGGCUCGUCAAGGUCGAUCCUGCUUUGGCACGUGCUAGAAUUGCAGCACGGCAUCUGGCAGCGGGAAUCGAGCCAACUUUGGAAUUGGCUCUCGCGAGGACUGAUUACAACGACCUCCCUAAUGGAGACUAUGUAAUGAAACAUAGCGAAGGGCGAUCGAGGAGCGUGUCAUUUGAGCCAAGAUCAUCGGACGACACCGUCCCGUCAGAAAUUCAAAGGGUCAUAGAAAAGAUUAGCAUUGGCAAUUCUAGGUCUCAAUACUCCACUGAAAUCGACGACAUGGCUUCGAACGGCACGAAUGGGAGGACUUCGACCAGGGCUCCCAACCCACCGGUUCAAGACAGCGUGUUCAAACAGUUUCGACUUGAUGGCCGUACCGUCAUUGUCACUGGUGGCGCAGGCGGCAUUGGGUACGAAAUAGCUCGGGGCCUGGCAGAAGCAGGUGCCAAUCUUGCUCUGUGGUACCAUUCAUCAUCCAAGGCAGAGAAGCUGGGUGCUACCAUUGCCCAAGAGUUCGGCGUCAAGGUGCAGACAUACAAGGUCGAUGUGCGCCAGUAUGAUGAUGUCGAAAAGGUGGUGGACCAAGUUGUCCAGGACUUUGGCCGUCUCGACGUCAUGAUCGCAAACGCUGGUGUCCCAUCCAAGGCCGGCGGACUGGAUGACAAAGUGGAAGACUGGGACCGCGUCCGGUCUAUCGAUUUUGAUGGCGCGUAUUAUUGCUUCCGUGCCGCAGGUCUGGUCUUCCGCAAACAGGGUCACGGUGUUGGUAUUGCUACGGCAUCCAUGAGUGGCCACGCUGCCAAUGUCCCUCAGGAGCAAAGUUGUUAUAAUGCUUGCAAAGCCGGUGUGAUCCACUUGUGUAAGAGUUUGUCCGUGGAAUGGGCCAAAUGGGGAGGUCGUAUUAAUUCGGUGUCGCCGGGCUAUAUUGACACGGAAAUCUCAGGGGACUGCCCGUUUGAGAUGAAAGAGGAGUGGUUCAGCUUGACCCCCAUGAGGAGAGAUGCAGAUCCUCGGGAGCUGAAGGGUGUGUACCUAUAUCUUGCGAGUGAUGCGAGCUCGUACACGACUGGUGCGGACUUUGUGGUCGAUGGAGGCUAUACCGCCCGAUAG